AUGCCUCUCUAUGUUAAAUUCAUUAAGGAUUUUUUGUCAAAGAAGAAGCCUUUAAAGGGAGAUGAGACAGUGGUCUUGACUAAGGAAUGUAGUGCCAUAAUUCAGAAUAGCUUACCAAGGAAGAUGCCAGAUCUAAGGAGCUUUCAAAUUCCAUGUACCAUUGGGAGCAACACCAUUGAGAAAGCGUUAGGUGAUUUGGGAGCAAGCAUCAAUUUAAUACCCUUGUCUGUGAUGAAGAAAUUGCAAAUCCAAGAGGUACAACCCACAAGGAUAACAUUACAGAUGGCAGACAAAUCUAUAAAGCCUACAUACGGAUUAUUGGAGAAUAUCUUGGUUAAAGUAGGUAAGUUCUUCCUCCCAAUAGAUUUUGUGACUCUUGACACGGGGGAGGAUGAGAAUGCAUCUAUAAUUCUAGAAAGACCUUUCCUAGCCACUGGGAGAGCUCUAAUUGAUGUAGAAGUGGGUGAAUUAGUGCUUAGAGUGUAUGAUGAGUAA